UUGAAUGGUCACUAAGUGAACUGUUGUAAGUCAAGGACUACCUGUAUAAUAGCAGCAGGAGAAUGUCAGCUAGUUGGCGGUUAGGGGUUGCUUCGCCAACACAACCCGCACGGUUAUUCCAUUCUUGUGCCAUGUUUUAACUUAACGGGAUUUGACACUCCCGUUUCUUUAAAGUGCGCGGCUGCGGCACCAGAGUUGGGGGAGAGGGAAAUAACCACACAUCUGUCCUGCUGUUUGUCUUGGGUUCAGGCUCAAGCCACCGACAACGGUUUCCCGGAAGGAUGGAGGCGGGCCGGCAGGAUGCCAUGUCUGAUGGGGAGGGAGCGAAAGGCGGCAAGCUGGCAGCAAAAUUACCCCAGUCGCCCAGCAAGAAGAAAGUCAACAAGAAAAAGAAGAAGAAGAAAACCGUUCCAGGCCAUGAGAAGCACUCCAGCCAAGUCAAGAAAAAAUCCAUCUUUGCCAUAUUUCCUCUGGAUCUGCUGCAGCGCUGGAAGUGCGAUGGGACCCCGCUGGAAGGUCACAGCAAGCGAGGACCAGGCAAAGCCACCAGGAACUCGCUCUCGGCCUGCUCAUCGGCUACUUCGGUGUCGAGCCCAGGAGAUGCCGUCCUGCCCAACGAGAGCCUUCGCUGGGACGGCAUUCUGGAUGACCCCAAAGCUGAAGAGGAGAGGCUGUGCAACUAUCGGCUGAGCCGAAGAAAACGUUACGGCGAAUUCUUGCAGCAAAACCCCCUGUUGGAUUCGCCUUUUCCAUGCCAGCAGCUACCCGAUCUGGACAAAGUCCCGGAGGCGGAGAAAGAGCGUUCUUUACACAAGAGUAAAUCCUCCUCUCUUAUGGCCGCCAAAAACAAAAAGCGUCCAAAUUCGAAACAGGGCAGCAAAACCCCAAAGAGGCAGCUGGCGGCAUUACCGCCCAGUAAAUCUCAGGGAAUUCUGUGAAACGCCCCGGAUUUGAGCACUUUUUUUUAACAGCCAAAGCGCGAGAUCUGAGUUAUUAUUAUUAUAUUUGCCUGUGGGUCUCACAAUGAUCCAGGUGUAUUUUUCAGUUUUUUUUUGCAAAUUCUAUGUUGGAGAAUAAAACACUGUUUGACAGUC